UUGAUCUGCGAGCCCACGUGUGUUCGUGCCGGAGCUGUCAGCUGCAGAAUUUCAGUUAGGUUCAAACUCUUGUGUGUAAGGGGCCGGUGGGGGAGCAAAGAAGCAUCAACAUUCAUUCCACCAGAUUUAUUUCGUGCCAUGGCUAAGGGGAAGAGAAGGAGAUCGGAGACCCACGAGGCCAAACUUCCCACACAAGGCGAACAGCUAACUUAUGAGAAGCAGCCGGAUGCAGCCAAGACGAAAAGAAGGAAAAGGAGCAGAGACCAGAUCCAAGAUGUUAACGGAAGGAAGUUGCAUUUUUUGCAGGAGCUGGAUAUUGAAGAUGAAAGGAUGGAAAUGCAGAAGCAGGAGGAACUCACUGCAGAAGAAAAGCGAAAGAUUGAACGGAAACUGAAGAAAGAACGCAAAAAGAAAGAUAAGCAGCUGCUAAGGGAAGCUGGUGUAUUAGUAGAAAAAGUGAAACCUCAGGAGCCAUCAGCAUCCGACCUUGCACUUGAAUAUCUGACAAGGUGGUCCAAGAAACACAAGGAUUGGAGAUUUCAGAAGACAAGGCAGACCUGGCUGUUAAAGCAUAUAUAUGAUUAUCAUAAGAUCUCUGACAAGCAUUUCACUAUGUUGCUGAAGUAUCUAAAUGGGCUGAAGGGCAAUGCUCGAGAGGUAACCAUUCAGAAAGCUGAGGCUCUGAUGAAGGAAUUUGAAACUACAGAUGAUUGCACUGAAGACCGUUCUGCGAAGAUUGAGCGAAUUCGGCAAGUCCUUCAGCUUUUGUCUUGAAGUUUUUCACAGGAUUCAUAUCAUUUUCUCGCUGCACACAGGUGCUGUUUAGUAGAGAUGCACAGAUCACAUUUAUUCCAAUUUUUCUACCGCUGACCUUGGUUUGAAUUCCCUGCUGAUGGUUAUUUUGUAAAAUUCCAUUUGUAAUUUGUGCUCAUAAUAAAAUGUGUAUUUUGUACAAAAUGCCCUAUGCGUAAAAUAAUAUUUCACUGAAAUGGUGGAUAUGCAAAAAGAUAAUAAAAGUCAGGAGUGUCAAAAAGACAAAAGUGUAAUUAUGGUGAAAGAAACAGGACUCAACUUUUUUUUUGUUACAUGCAACAAAUCAAGAUGAUUAUGACAACUUUCUUCUAUUCCUGCUGGGCAUUUAACUGGAGCAGUGAAGGAUUGUAGACAGAAUCAGUGAGAAAUUAGGAGACAUUGGUAUGACAGAAUUAAUAUUUUGGGAACAUAGCUGCGUUUCACUUUUUACAUUCAAUUAAGUCCAUAUAAGGAAGUUCCUGUGGUGUAAUGUGGCAGUAGUGGAAGGUACCACUACAGCAAUAUAUUCCCAGUCUUCACCAUUUCCAUCAGCAGUGUCUAAACAGUUGCUAUAUGCGUAGAGAGCUUGACUCUAUCGUGUCAGCAAGACAUAAUGUCCCAGCACUGGUAUUAAAUAUAAGAUGAAUUAUUAAUGGACUUACUUUUUUUAUCUCAAAAAUACUGAAAGAAAUAUACAAAAUUAAUCUCAGGCCUUAGUCUCCUUUGAUUCCAUUUGCAGAAUGUCAGCUAGAUUCAUGUAGCCGCUGCUGUGGCCCACUAAGCUAUCCCUUUGAUGUAGAUAUAAUGCCUACUUCUUCGACAGAUUUCUAGAAAUAAGUUUUGUGAUCAGAGCCUAUUUCUUUUAAAGAAAAAUAAAACAUUUGAGCUCUGCUUACUUGUUUCCCAAUGAAUCUCGGUCAGCUCUGACUUGAUCACUUUUCAAUUCCCACUGAUGUCACUGAAGGCUGCCACUGUAGAGCUGAAGUGUAGGUGCAUUCAUAUCUCAGGAGAACAUUGUGUGCAUGUUUGUGUGUAUGUGUGCAUGUUAGAUGUGUGCAUUUAUUUAUGCUUUGAUUGCUGUUCCCUCAUAACUUCUCUGUGUAGAAAAAUAUUGUCUAGUGCAAAGGAUGUGUUAAUCAGACAGAUAAAUACAAUAAACAUGAAAGUAGUACAUUUUGUGAUAGAUUUUGGAGAUAUUCUAAUACAGUAUCUAGGCCUUUCAUUCUUAGCUGUAGUUGGAUUUGCUCCAAUAGGAUGUCUUGGCAUUUAGUUUUUGGCCUUUGUUCCAGCUGGUAAAGCUGGUCAUCUAACUUACAAUCUUAAUAAAUAACUGAUGAAAACAUAUCUUCAUGUCAUGUAGGAGAUGUUUCGGUCAGACGGCAUGGCCUUCUCUUUAGGCCCAGUCAACUGUUCAUUGUGCCAGCCCUUUCUCUUUGUAACGGCUGUUCAAACCCUCAUAUUCUGAAGAAAAACUCACUGUAAGCCCACUGGGGCAAAUGCAAGUUUCACAGAGGUGUGUAUAUUUUAUUACACAGUUCUGUUGCAGACGUGUAAAGUUCUGUUCUGAUAGUCCAGAAAUAUGUACACUUGCUCAUAGCAACUUUCAUUUACACGACAGCUUUAAAAUAAAAUGUCCUGAACUACUUCAAUGAUGAAGGGUCUAGGGCCGAAACGUCAGCUUUUGUGCUCCUGAGAUGCUGCUUGGCCUGCUGUGUUCAUCCCGCCUCACAUUUUAUUAUCUUGGAUUCUCCAGCAUCUGCAGUUCCCAUUAUCACCACUACUUCAAAGGAGUGUUGCCAGGCAAAAUUUAAGACUGAGUCACAUCAGGAGAUUUUAGCUCGGGUAACCAAUGGUUUGGUUACAGAGGUGGAUUUAAGAAGUGUCUUAAAGGAACAGAAAGAAACAUAGAAGCUUAUAGAGGAAUUGCCAGUGUUCCCAGCUUAGACAUCUGAAGGCAUGUCUGCAUUGCUGGAAUGAUUGAAAUUGGGAAUAUGCAAGAGAUCACAGUUGGAGCAGAAUGAACAUCUUAGAGGCUAUGGACAAAGGGAAGGAUGAAACCAUGGAGGUUGUUUGAAAGCAAGGAUUGGAAUUUUUAAAUCAAGACAUUACUGGACUGGAAAAAUGAACUGCUGUAUUUUCUGUUUGCGUGCCACAGCUCAUGAAAUGGUUUGUAUCGUACCAAUGGCUGUAUUUUCCCUUCACCACUUUCAUAAUGAAAACUGAAAUUGAAUGGAAUAAUUUCAGCCUCAACAGAUUGAACAUUGUAACAUCUCUACACAUCAUGAAUAUGGGAUUUCAAAAGUUUGAGCAAAUGUUUCUCCUGUGUUUCCAGUAAUCAGUCUUUGAGCAAAAUCCUUCAGAAAAUGUUUAAAGAUUUGAGUUUGUUUUUGAUAGCUGUUGAUGUAAAUAGUGAUUGCAUGCACAGUUUGGUGAUUAAAGUAAAUGAACAUUGUAUGUCUGACCUUCACAUUCAAGAUCAUCAAAUAAGCUCUGAUAUUGAGCCACUAAAUAUCAAACCAGCCUAACUGCAUGGAUAUACACUUGAGUACUGUUGAAACUUGUAAAGUCUCUGAGAAAUAAUAGUCAAUUUCAAUAGAAACUGUGAACAAAUCUACUAUCGGCAUGGGCAGUUGUAUUAUAUAUAUUUACAUGGGAUAAACGUUUGUCCACAUUGUACAUUAAAGUUAUUGGUGUGUAGUCCUCAAAGCUUUUGCAGAAACAGAUUAGAAUUCCGUAAUUUUAGUUAUAUUGUAUUUGUGAUUUAUUUCAUAGUUGAAUGGGGCAGGAGAAAAAAAAUUGGUAUUUCAUUUCUGUAAAGUUAAUAUCUCAUUUCUAUUCGAGUCCCAGAUCCUAAAAAUUGUGUUUCUUAAUUUAUUGGUGUGCCCCAUUUCAAAUAAUGACUGAGUGCCUCUCACUUUCCUGGCACCACUGCUUCUGUGUUUGAUACUUCAUCCCCAUUUGUCCGUACCGGUUUUUAGAAAGAGUAUCCAACUUGCCAAUCCAGCUCUUCAACUGGCUCAGAUUGAGUUUACAGAUUCUGUGGGACUAUUGAUGAAAGUAUGGGGAGAUAUCUUCAUGACCUAGCCAACAUACCUAUCACUGUCAAACUCAGAUUAAAGUACUCUUGAUCUCUUACUGCAACACCGUUUGUCAUCAUGACAGUGACAAUGAUCUGUGACCUGAAGCACUUUGAAAUUAUUUAUUAUGGUUGGGGACUAUAUAAUACAAUUGUUGUUUCAAUGAUGGAUAAUUGAAAAAAGUCUACUGUUUUAAACUGCCAGGACUGUAAAUUUGAGGGAGGUUUAAUGAGUAGGAGAGAGUGUAUGAGGGAACACAAGUGAAUAAAUGAGAGUUGUAAUGGAGGGGAUGGGAAAAAGUGUGUGAACUCUUAGUGUGAGUCCAGUACGGACGGGCACCACCUUACGUCUCCUGUUCCUUCAUCCCUCCAAAUUUACCCAUGAAACAAGCUGGAGAGAAGGAAAACCAAGGCAUAAUGGCAACCCAUUUUUGACCCCUACUUUCAUGUAAAUUUCACCAAGGCUAGUUCAGAGAUUGCGUCAUUGGAGGUUACUGCAUGUUUGAUGUUAGUUAAAUUUAACAUAACUCUGCCCUCAACUUCAUGCUUAGUCUGAUGAUCAGAGAAAUGUUGAGUCUUUUUCAGUUUGUGAUGUUUUUGAUAUACCGAGGUACAGUUAAAAGCUUUGUUUCUGAGUUUGUACAGGCAGAUCACAGCAAGCAAAGGAUGUACAGAUCAAAAAGACUUAGAGGCAUAUAGGUUAUGUUGUAGGUUACAUUACCUGAGGCUUCAGUCCAUUCAACAGCCUGAUAAUGGCCGGAAAGAAGCUGUUCCUGAACCUGCUUGCACGUGUGUUCAGGCUUCUGUAUCUUCUGUCCUAUACAAGAGGUUGUAGGGGGCCAUUACUGGGAUGCGAUGGGCCUUUGAUGCUAUUGGCCACCUUUCCACAGCAGCAAACCAUGUAAAUGGAGUCGAUGGAUGGAAGGUUGGCUUCCGUGAUGGUCUGGGCUUCUGUACCAACUACACCACCUUCUGUAGUUUCUAACGGUCCUGGGCACAGCAGUUGCCACGCCAGGCUGUUAUGUACCUGGACGGUAUCCUUAACAAAAGAGUCAAACAAAAAAAAUUCAAUUAAUUAGUUCUGUUGUUUUAAUAAUUGCUUUUAUCGAACAUUUAUUUCAGUUAUUUUGUUUUCUGAAAUUCAGGUUUACUGUUGAUUUUAGAAAUUAGCUUGCUGGCCCCAGGCAUGAGGAGAAAUUGAAUUACGGCAUUUUGUGGAAAAAUUUGUUCAACAUGAUCUGGCCAAUUGUGGCUGUGGUGAAAGAAGUAUGAUUUCCCUAUGCAUACAAAUGAAUGAAUGAAUAUCAUUCAUUUCUAUGGGGAUUUGACUGAAAUAAAAUCAAGGUCAGAGCCCUUGUGAAACAGUGGCCACCAAAAUUGCUCCAGAAGCAGGUGGCUUUAGCCCCGUGCAAUGUGUUAAUAGAAAAUUGUUUAUGUUGUGCAGUUAAACAUUGAAGACUGCUAGCUUGUCUUUAGUUCAGACUAAUCAAGGAUUGAUUUUCAUUUAGAAAAUCAAAGAUUUAAAGUUUUUAGGGCAGUUUGGACAAGGUUGCUUAAUUAGGUUUAGGUUCCUGUCCUUUCUAGGAUUUUGAGACAGUUCAGGAAAAAUACAGUAGGAAUGUUUAGUUUGUGCAGCUUUCAAAGAAACAAACAAUCUGCUUAGAAAUCUGUGGGUUAUUAGAAGCAGAGAAAGUUUAAGCUUUCAGUUUUACAAUUAUUCAUUGAAUAAGACUCCACAAUUCACAAAUCAUUAGAAAAAAACUGGUCAGAAUCAGUUAAGUAGAACUUAAAGAUCUAAUUUAAAGGGGUAUUUCCUCUGGACUUGAAUCUCUGAAUUGAUGGUGUUUGAAAAUAGGUUGAAAGUUUUGUUAUGCCGUGUGUUAAGCUUUUU